AGAACCACAAAUAUGCAGUCCUGAAUACCACAUCUUACCCUAAAGAUCUUUACCCAAUGCAGUGAUGGAGGUACAUAAACAAGUGGAUGAGUUGAUCAAAGAAUAUGCUGCAGUGGAUGCAGUUGCAGUAGAUAUUAUAAGUGACAAACAUCAGAUGGUUGAUCUUGAUGCAAAGAGAAAUAAAACUCGUGAAGCUCUAAGGCAGUUGAAAUCCACCCACUCCAGUGCAAAGAAAGAAGGUGCUUCCAAAUCCUGGGUAUGUUUUGGCAAUACCUUCAUCAAAAUGCACACGACGGAAUGUGUUCAACUGUUGGAAAAAGAUCAAACUCUACUCACCUCGGAGAUUGAUGAGAUCCAGAGAGGAUUGAAACCUAAGGUUGCAGAGCUAAACAAAAUGGAAGGAAGAGCAGAGCUGAAAGGAUUUGAACUAAAGGGAAUGAACAUUGAAGAAAUGCUGAGUGCAGGAGGACAAUAAACAUUAAUGCAUGAAGGAUCACGUACACGUAUAAUUAUGUACCAUAGUCAACAGAAUCAAUUGUUUGUGUUUGUAUAAUAUUCAUAAUUUUGAUAUAAAGUUUGACACACACAAAA